CGCCACCGCAGCCGCCGCCGCCGGAGCUCGGCCCCUGACGCAGGCCGAGGUGCCGCGCCGCUGCUGCUGCGGGCGGCGACGGCUGCACCAUGGGCCGGCUGCCGCGGGCUGCCGCGCUGCCGCCGUGGCUGCGGCCGCUCCUGCUGCUGCUGGCCGGGGGGGUGUCCUUGGGCACAUAUGCAGGUGGAUCUGAUGAACCUGGCCCAGAGGGCCUCACCUCCACCUCCUUCCUGGACCUCCUGCUGCCCACUGGCCUGGAGCCGCUGGACGCAGAGGAGCCCAGCGAGGCCAUGGGACUGGGAGCUGGCCUGGGAGCCCCGGGGUCAGGCUUCCCCAGCGAAGAGAGUGAAGAGUCCCGCAUUCUGCAGCCACCGCAGUACUUCUGGGAAGAGGAGGAAGAGCUGAAUGACUCCAGUCUGGACCUGGGACCCACUGCAGAUUAUGGUUUCCCAGACUUGACUGAGAAGGCAGGUCCUUUAGAAGACACCAGCCAGGGCCAAGAGGCGUCGAGCCUCCCCCCUCCCUUGCCUAAGAUGAACCUGGUAGAGCCACCUUGGCAUAUGGCUCCUGGAGAGGAGGAAGAGGAAGAGGAGGAGGAAGAGGAGGAGGAGAAAGAAGAGGAGAAGGAGGAUGUAGAGAAAGAAGAGGAGGAGGAGGAGGAGGAGGAGGAAGAGAAGGAGGAACUGCUGCCUGUGAACAGAGCCCAAGAAGAAGCCCAAACUCAGGUCCAUGACUUUUCUCCCACCAGCAGCAGCCAGGCCCCCCUGGCCCCCAAACACAAGCAUGAAGAAUCUGGGGACCAGGCCUCCUCGGGUGUGGAGGUAGGGAGCAGCAUGGAACCAAGCCUGUCACCGCCCUCUGCCACCCCAAGUACAGGGACCCUAGGGGGUCAGGACUUCACCAACCAGGAGGCAGGGGACACAGCGCUGCCAGCUGCAGGGCGUGAGGUAGAAUUUGAGUCUCCGCAGGAGGCAACUGAGGAGGCUACCACAGGAAUAACUGUGUUGGCUGGCAAGCAAGGAGAGGUGCUGUCCUUGGCCUCAUUCCCUCAAGCAGAAGCCCCAAGUGGGGCCGAGACUCCAUAUGAAGACCCCCUUUACCCUGGAGCCUCAGCCACUGUCCCCCUGGCCUCCCAAGAAAUGGAACUGACACCGUCCUCUGCUACCUUGGGACAAGAAGACCUCGGCCAGCAGCCACAGGAAAGGCAGGCUGCCGAAGCUCAAUCCAGAAUCCCCUGGGAUUCUACUCAGGUGGUCUGCAAAGACUGGAGCAAUCUGGCUGGGAAAAAUUACAUCAUUCUGAACAUGACAGAGAACGUAGACUGUGAGGUGUUUCGGCAGCACUGGGGACUGCAGUUCCUGGCUCUGGUGGAGGAGGUGCUACCCCGGCAUGGUAGCGGCCCCCACGGGGACUGGCACAUCUCCCUGAGCAAGCCCAGUGAGAAGGAGCAGCACCUUCUAAUGACCUUGGUGGGCGAGCAGGGGGUGAUGCCCACUCAAGAUGUCCUUUCUGUGCUGGGUGAUAUCCGCAGGAGUCUGGUGGAGAUUGGCAUCCAGAACUACUCCACAACAAGCAGCUGCCAGGCCCGGGCCAGCCAGGUGCGCAGUGACUACGGGACGCUCUUUGUGGUGCUGGUGGUCAUCGGUGCCAUCUGCAUGAUCAUCAUCGUGCUGGGCCUGCUCUACAACUGCUGGCAGCGCCGGCUGCCCAAGCUCAAACACGUGUCGCACGGCGAGGAGCUGCGCUUCGUAGAGAACGGCUGCCACGACAACCCCACGCUGGACGUGGCCAGCGACAGCCAGUCGGAGAUGCAGGAGAAGCAGCCCAGCCUGAACGGCGGCGGGGCCGUCAACGGCCCGGGGGGCUGGAGCGCGCUCAUGGGGGGCAAGCGGGACCCCGAGGACUCGGACGUGUUUGAGGAGGACACGCACCUGUGAGGGCGGGCGCAGUGCGGGACCAGCAAGGCGGACCCAGGGCGCACAGCCACGCCCCUUCCUUCCCCGGCCCCGCACCCUCCGCAGCCCGGUUCCCGGUGCCGGCUCCUCCCUCCUACUCCCCCACCCGAAACUGUAUGGCACAGCCCCACCCCAACCCACGUCCCGAGGGGCGGGUCCCGGGACCCCCAUUAAAACUUCCCGGAGCCCAUUCCGGGCCCGAC